CCCCAAUGAAUGGACAGCCGGAAGCAGGAAGUGAGUGAGGGAGUGAGGGAGUGAGGGAGAGAAGCAGCUGGUACAGGCACGAUGGCAGACCCCCAGUACAUCCUCCCCAAUGACAUUGGUGUGGCCAGCCUUGACUGCCGUGAGGCCUUUGGGCUGUUGUCCCCCACAGAGCGGCUCUACGCGCACCAUUUGUCAAGGGCUGCCUGGUACGGGGGUCUGGUGGUGUUACUUCAGACUUCUCCCGAGGCCCCCCACAUCUAUGUCCUCCUCAGCCGCCUCUUCCGUGCCCAGGACCCCGAGCAGCUCAAAGAGUGUGCCCUAAAGGAGGGUCUCACAGAGGACGAAUAUCAGGCUUUCCUGGUCUAUACUGCAGGGAUCUAUGCCAACAUGGGUAACUACAAGUCUUUUGGAGACACGAAGUUUAUUCCCAAUUUGCCCAAGGAGAAGCUGGAACGGUUAGUGUUGGGGAGCCAAGCUGCCCAAGAGCACCCAGAAGAGAUUGGGGGACUGUGGCAAGUCUGUGGGGACAUCAUGUUCUCCUUGGAGCCUCAGCAGCGGCACCUGGGCCUGGGAAGUGAGGGCACCACCACAUACUUCUCUGAGAACUGCACCUUGGAAGAUGCCAAGCUGGCCCAGAGCUUCUUGGAUUCCCAGAGCCUCAGCGCCUACAACACCAGGCUGUUCAAGGAGACAGACGCAAACGGGAAGCCGUGCUUCGAGGUGCGCCUGGCCUCUACCCUCCGAGAAGAGACCGCCCCAGACUCAGACAUGACACCAAAGCUAAAGAGCUAUGAGUUUGAGGGCUGCCGAUUCCAGGUGACCCGUGGUGACUACUCCCCUCUCCUCCAGAAGGUGGUGGGACAUCUGGAAAAGGCCAAGGCCUACGCAGCAAACAGCCACCAGGAGCAGAUGCUGAGCCAGUACGUGGAGAGCUUCACGCAGGGCUCCAUCGAUGCCCACAAGAAGGGCUCCCGGCACUGGAUUCAGGACAAGGGCCCCAUCGUGGAGAGCUACAUCGGCUUUAUCGAGAGCUACCGAGACCCCUUCGGCUCCCGAGGAGAGUUUGAAGGGUUCGUGGCUGUAGUGAAUAAGGCCAUGAGCGCCAAGUUUGAGCGCCUGGUAGAGAGCGCAGAGCAGCUGCUGAAGGAGCUGCCCUGGCCCCCUGCUUUCGAGAAGGACAAGUUCCUCACCCCUGACUUCACCUCCCUCGAUGUCCUCACCUUUGCGGGCUCUGGGAUCCCUGCUGGCAUCAACAUCCCCAACUAUGAUGACCUGCGGCAGAAGGAUGGCUUUAAAAACGUGUCUCUGGGCAACGUGCUGGCGGUGGCCUAUGCCACCCAGCGUGAGAAGCUCACCUUCUUGGAAGAAGAGGACAAGGACCUCUACAUCCGCUGGAAAGGGCCAUCCUUCGAGGUCCAGGUGGGGCUACACGAGCUGCUGGGUCACGGGAGCGGGAAGCUCUUUGUGCAGGAUGAGAAAGGAGCAUUCAACUUUGACCAGAAUACUGUGACCAACCCAGAAACGGGGGAGCAGAUCACGAGCUGGUACCGGAGUGGAGAGACCUGGGACAGCAAAUUCAGCACCAUUGCAUCCAGUUAUGAGGAAUGCCGGGCUGAGAGCGUGGGCCUCUAUCUCUGUCUCCACCCCCGAGUCCUGGAGAUCUUUGGGCUGGAUGGUCCCGAGGCCGAGGACGUGGUGUAUGUGAACUGGCUGAACAUGGUGCGUGCUGGGCUGCUCGGCCUGGAAUUCUACACCCCAGAGACAUCCAGCUGGAGACAGGCACACAUGCAGGCCCGUUUUGUGAUCCUGAGGGUCCUGCUGGAGGCUGGGGAGGGGCUGGUUGCGGUCGUCCCCACCACUGGCUCCGAUGGGCGCCCGGAUGCCCGGGUCCGCCUAGAUCGGCACAAGAUCCGCUCGGUUGGCAAGCCCGCCCUAGAACGGUUUCUGCGGCGACUACAGGUCCUGAAGUCGACGGGAGAUGUUGCUGCUGGGCGGGCACUGUACCAGGGCUACUCUGCGGUCACUGAUGCUGCCCCUGAAAAUUUCCUCGCCCUCCGAGAGACAGUGCUUCUGCGCAAGGAGGCCCGCAAGCUUAUCGUGCAGCCCAACACCUGCCUCGAAGGCUCCCAGGUGCAGCUCCUGGAGUAUGAAGCCUCAGCCGCCGGCCUCAUCCGCUCCUUCUCUGAACGCUUCCCUGAGGACGGCCCCGUGCUGGAGGAGGUGCUCCUUGGGCUGGCCAAAGCCGACGCCCGCUUCUGGAGGGGCCCCAAAGGAGCCCCGGCCCUCAAGGCCUGAGGAAGAUCCCCAGCAGCUCUGCCCACACCUGCUCUCCUCACUCGAGCCCCUCCCCCUCCCUCUGUUAGGGGGCCUCCUGCCCUGGAUGUCAAGUUUGUACCCAGUGGGCAGGUCGGGGGUGGCAGCAGGGCCCGGGCCAGAGGGCUGACAGCCAUCUAUCCGGCUGUGUCCAUGGGAGGACCAGCCACAAUGGACCCCGGUAGAGGCCAGCGGCCAGCACACCUCAGACAGACAGUAGCUGUUCGGGCCCCUGGGCUGAAUCUCUUCUCUUCUGUUCCAGGGAUGAGCCCACCCUGCCCACCUGCCUACCUCUCACAGGGUUGUUGUGAGGAAAGUGGCCUUUAAAGAGCUAUCAAAAUGGCA